AAUUCUGGUCCACCUUCAGAAACAGGGAAGUUGUGGUCCAGGACUCCAGGGAUACUGAUGUCUGAUGCAAGCUUUUCUUAAAUAAGAGGGCGGUAAUGCUGUCCAGUAUCCCUCAACCUAAAAUCUAGCUAGGCUGCCUGUAGUGCAAUAACAGAUGGAUCGACGAAGAUUGGUGUUUUUUCCUUUGCCAUUGCAAGGCCACCAGACUCCAAUGCUUCAACUCGCAAGCAUCCUGUAUUCUAAAGGAUUCUCUAUAUCUAUCAUCCAUACCAACUUCAACUCUCCUAAUCCUGCUAAUUACCCCGAUUUUACCUUCCACUGCAUCCCUGAUAACUUGUCAGAAAGUGAAGCUUCUACUGAAGAUCUUACACUGCUUCUGCAUAACCUUAAUACGAACUGUGUGGCGACUUUCGAGGCUAUUCUAUCACAACUAAUGUCAAAAUUUGAUGUUGCUUGCUUAAUAACAGAUAUUAUAUGGUAUUUCACGCAAGCUGUUGCUGAUAGCUUUGACCUUCCAAGGAUUGUGUUGCGGACUAAUAAUCCAUCUUCUUUCAUGGCUUUCACUUACUUGCCGCUUUUUAGAGAAAAGGGUUACCUAUCUGCCCAAGGCACUCAGCUAGAAGAACCAGUACAGGAACUUCCACCUCUGAAAAAGAAAGAUAUUCCUAGGAUUUACACUCGAUUUCCGGAGCUAAAUGAUGAAGUAACACAUAAGUUGAUGGAAACAACCAAAGCUGCAAGAGGACUUGUGUUUAACUCUUUUGAAGAACUUGAGGGUUCUUCAUUCACAUUGGUUCGUCAACACUUUCAAAUACCAGUUUUUGCAAUAGGGCCAUUUCAGAAACAGGUUAAGGCUUCUUUUAGUAGCCUAUUGGUGGAGGACCGGAGUUGCAUUCCUUGGUUAAGUGCUCAACCACCAAAGUCUGUGUUAUAUGUUAGCUUUGGUAGCAUAGCUGCUAUUGAUGAGACUCAAUUUCAUGAAAUUGCAUGGGGGCUGGCUCAUAGCAAGCAGCCGUUUUUAUGGGUCAUUAGACCUGGAUUGGUCCGGGGAUUAAAUGGGCGAGCUCCAUUACCAAAUGGGUUCUUGGAGAUAGUCAUGGGCUGGAGCAGGAUAGUUGGGUGGGCCCCACAAGAAGAAGUGUUGGCACAUCCUGCUGUAGGUGGGUUUUGGACUCAUUGUGGAUGGAACUCGAUUUUGGAAAGCAUAUGCCAAGGAGUGCCUAUGAUCUGCCUGCCUUUCUUCGGUGAUCAGAUGAAUAAUGCAAGGUAUGUAACCGACGUUUGGAGGGUUGGAUUGCGGUUUGAGAAGGGGUUAAAACGAGAAGAUAUAGAGAAGGGAGUCAGAAGCCUAAUGGUGUUGAAAGAAGGCAAAGAAAUGACACAGAGGGUGGUAGUUUUACAAGAGAAAGCAAGUCUUUGCAUUGAGAAAGGUGGAUCAUCUUACCAAUCCUUGGAGAGUUUAGUUGCUCAUAUUUUGUCGUUUUGAAUGAGAUUGAUCAUUACUCAAGAGUCAAGAGCUUUAGUUACACUUUUUUUUCUUUUAAUUGAACAUUGAACAUCUUCUGAGCAAAUAUAGCAACUAGUCUUUGUAAUUGUAUUGAAAUACAGUAGUGCGGCAACUGUAAGUAAGUAGAAGACUGGAAGUCAUGCUCCUUACUCUCAGUCAAAAAUACAAAAGCAAAUUCCAGAUUAUUGGUAUAGCUGUCUAUAUUUGUCUAGUAUUCGUAGCCUAAUCUGUUAGGCAAAUAGGCUUUUCUGUUACACAACAUGUUUGAGUGUUACCUUGUCAAAAAAAAUAAAAAAAUGAAGAUGAUGGGCGGCAAUUUUCCAAAUAAAGGAAGUAACAACUCAUAUUUAUAGUGAAUAGCUAAACCACGUUCGGUAUUUACCAUGUAAUGCCCGUAUUUUAACAUGACUUUACAAACAUGUCCCCAUAUAAAAUGUACCCUAUUUCACUUUCACUUUCUUUAACCACUCUCUAACUAGUUACCCCACCAACCACCAAACAACCAUCACCUACGAACAACCACCACGUCAUAUUUUAAAAAGAAAAAAAAUUGUUUUACUCUUCACCAAUUAGCGCAAACGGUGAAUG